UUGGCUGAAGAAUACGCUCACUUUUUAGUUGAAUGCAAAAGUGACUUUGACAAUGCUGCUUUUUGGCAUUAUUCAGCUCUACAACUACAAGAUGGUAAAGUAUAUAGAUACGAUACUGCUUCCCUUAAUUUCCUCCACAUUUUCCCUGAAUACGCCGCAAAAGUUAUCUCGAAAUCGAACAUUUCAACAAUGGAUGAUUUAGAUGUCAAAGCAAAAGAAGAUGCUUUAGGACAAUUAGUUGAACAUCCAAGAUUAAGAUUGGAAUAUCAACGUGCUAUUUCUAAUCAUUUAACAUUUGCUUUACCUUUGAUUUUGGUUUUGUCAAUCAUCAAAUUUUUGGCUUUUUGGAUUCUUUGGACAGUUUUGGCCAUGUAUUUUACAGGUUUGUUUUCUGGUACAGUUACAAGAAUACAUUUGAUAAAGAACACAUCUGAUAUUGGUGAAGCAACUACAUUGGCAAUGCUAAGUUUUGCUUUUUGA